UUCAAGGAGGUAAUGUUUUGAAGUUUUUCUGCUGUUCACACGAAAUGAUGAAGCACUGCAGGGAGGAAUGCCAAAAAAGGAGUCUGUGCUUCAAGUGAUCGUUUCAGACCUGCUUCAGACGCUUCUUUCAAUGGACUCUUCUGUACAUUUGUGGAUAUUUGGGGACUGAACUAUUGAGCUUUGGUUUUUUUUUUCCACAUAAAUCAAGAGGAAGUGAAACUGAGGUAUUAUUGACGCACUAAAGGACAUUUCUCCUCCGGACCGGACCGCUCCGAUUCCGCGCAGCAACAAUGCCUGUGAUUGUCCUGGAGGCCCGGGACUUCACCAGCCCGCUGUUUUUGGUGCGGACAUGGGAGGUCAUCUCCAGCUGCACGGCCUUCAGCCUCUUGGCCUCGUUGAAGCAAGCCGACGUCCCCUCGGACUCCGACCACAUUUUCUGGAACUUCUGCAUGUUCACCUGGUGUUUCUUCUUCUGCCUGACUCUCCUCAUCCACACGCUCAGCAUCAUCCAGUUCCACAGCCUCCUGCCCAUCUCCUGGAAGAACCUGACGAUGACCGUGGCGGUGCUGGGAGCGCUGAUGAACCUCAGCACGGCCGUGUUCUUCCCUUGGAUGGUUAUGGAUCGGGCCAAUGUGUCGCCGUGUUCUGUGGCGGUGGCGGUGACCCCGUUUCUCACCUUCCUGGCCUAUUCCUCCGAGUCCUUCCUACUGUGCGGCCAGGCCCAUGAGCAGAGGGGGUACAUGGGCAGCAUGCCCGGUCUCCUGAAGAUAGUCCAGCUGUGGGGAGGCUGUCAGAUGGUUUCCCUGCUGGUGAAGCUGGUCAACACCCCGCCCAGCGGCCUCCAGCCCUGGCAGCGGCUGGCGACGGGCGUGUCCUGCGGCGUCUGCGUCCUCCUGUCUCUCGUCACGCUGGUGGUGAUUCUGGGCGACCUGGCCGGGCGGUGCCUCCUGCCCUUUGACAGGUUUUUAGCCGGCUUCAGCCUGAUCGGGGUGCUGCUCUACAUGUUGGCCACGGUGAUUUGCUUCACCAAGAUACUGCAAAUCAUGCCACCUAGGAAUUUGGUCAUCGUGGAAACAGUGGUCUCCAGUAUUACGCUGUUGGCUUAUACGGUGGACCUCGCCUUCUGCGUCAAACUGUUGUGUGACAGGAGCCACAUCUGAAACUGCGUUUGGAUAAAAGAAAUAGGGGCUUGUCCACAUUUGUAAACAGAUUCAAGGAACAUUUCCUCUAUUAAUCAUUGAUGUAAUAUCAAAUUAUCUCUCCAGACCUGCAAACUAGCUUAAACGCCUUUUAGUUGUGCAUAUUUUAAACUUAAACUAAAAUAAAUGUGUCAAACUGACCAGCAUGGUGACUUUGUAGUGUGUGCUACACAGUAAACAGCUGUGGUUUUAGUGUCAUUUGGUGGGUUCACUAUGACACACAUGUUGUCCAAGUGUGUUAUGUGUCUACAUGUGUUAUAUUUAUUAACGCAAUAAGAGUUAUGUCCCGUGGGGGUUCCUGACUCACUGAUAUUGGUUAGUACCAUUCAAAAACAGCACGAACAUCUGUAUCAAUUUAUCUGUGUCCAUCGCUGAUGUUCUGAUGGAAGUUGGACGGAAGAGACUGAAAUGCGUGUUUUUUUUUAACAAAUUUUCCAGGGAUCACCUAAAGGUGGAGUCACUUUUAAGCAGUAUUAUAGGGUGUUGUUCUGUUGUGAGUUUGUGAGUGGAGCGGCCUUUUGACGGUAAAGUACUG